CGUCCCGCUCACACCCGACCUCGCCUCCCGCCGGAUCGCCGCCGGCCCCGCCCGCCAGCCCGCCGUGCCUCUCCCCGCCCCCACCGUCUCCAUCCAAGCCGGUUCCGGAUCCAGGCCGCUCCGUCCCCGCCCGCUCCCCCACACGUCAAUCUCGGCCGCCCCCGUCCCGCCCUCCCUGCGUGCAGAUCCACAGUCCUCGACAUCCCCGGCUCCCGAUCUGCCCGGCCCGCGCUCCUCCGCGUCCGCUGUUUACAUGUCUCAGGACCUGCCUCACUUCUACCUUUGCAGUAUAGAAAGAGGUAACCCAGGAACCCCUGUACGGUCUCAGCUUGGUCAUAAGUAUUUCGACAAACCCCAAGAAAUCUGAAGAAACCCGGAGGAAGGGAGAACCCAGAGGAGGCCAGACAAGAUGAUCGGCGUGGGGAAGGCGAAACAGUAUGCAAACGUGCUCGACAAGCCUCUCGGUCGUGGCAGACAGGAGGUCAGUUUGAGUGCGUUUGCAUUCUUGUUCUCGGAGGUAGUUCAAUACAACCAGACUCAAGUUGACAACAUUGCUGAGCUGGAAAGGAGGCUGGAGGACGCUGGUUAUGCUGUUGGUGCAAGAGUUCUUGAACUCCUAUGUCACAGGGAGAAGGGGAAUAGACGAGAGACUCGACUGCUGGGCAUUUUAUCAUUCAUUCACAGCACGGUAUGGAAAGUACUGUUUGGAAAGGUGGCUGACUCGCUUGAGAAAGGGACAGAACAUGAGGAUGAAUACAUGAUUAGUGAGAAGGAGCUUCUUGUUAACCGGUUCAUUUCCGUGCCGAAAGACAUGGGAGCAUUCAACUGUGGAGCUUUUGUUGCAGGGAUUGUAAGGGGCGUAUUGGACAACGCUGGCUUUCCUGCGGUGGUGACGGCACAUUUUGUGCCAAUUGAAGGCCAACAGAGGCCCAGGACAACGAUCUUGAUUAAAUUUGCUGAAGAGGUUAUACACCGGGAAGCGAGGCUCGGCUGAAAUUUCUGCCAUCUGUGUACACCUUGUUGCGAAAGAUUGUUUUUAUCCGCAAAGUUAAUCUCCCAUAACUUGAAUUUUUCACUUUGUUCGUUCUACCUUGUAUGGAAGGAGCGUCCCAGCAUUCUUGUUUGCAAACUAUUAAAACUCUCCGCCCUGCAAUGACGAUUUGUUAGUGAAAUUGGGCAAGAUAUAGUGAUAUGUGCAUGAACCGCAAACCCCCGGAAUGUUCAGGAUAUAAAUAUAACAUUUGGUGAAUGCAACAUUUAUGUGCCCGUG